AUGAUGCCCAUGACGGAGAGUUUCCAAACAUUGGCACAAGGUAUCAUUGUACAGGGUAAAUUUGCAGAUGCUCCCAUUGGCGGGAUUAAUCCGGCCACUUCAUGCACGACUGAGAGGUGUCCGUGGAUCUUCCACACCGGCCUUAUGAACGGAACCUCAGUUGAGAAAUCCACAUUUUUGUACGGUACUGUCUAUAAAGGGAUUGACCACACCGAAGCCGUUCCCGGCAUGUAUCAGAAGUUUCAACCACACAUGGCGCCUGUUGCCUUUUUGAAACCCGAGGACAAUGUCAUCCCGAAAAUGUUGAAAAAUGGAUUCUGGCUGACUGAUUUGCGAGAUCGCGAAUACACAACGUGGGUAUGUGAGUACUAUGAUUUUACUGCUUCUGAACAGGGAACGGCACCUCCAACGGAUGAGAAUGGCUAUAUUGUUAGUCCAGGUACGAUUGUCGGGUUUCCGUGGUGGGCUGGACUUAUCAUUGGUAUUGUUGUCGUUAUCAUUGUGGUUGUCAUUCUUAUUAUAUGCUGCUGCUGUUGCAAGAAACGCAAAGAGAAGUUGCAAGAGGAAGAGAUUGCAGAGGAUACGAGAAUGGAAGAUAAUCUCAGUCGGAUUCCCACACAAUCACAGCUCGGCUUUGGUCGCUCUCGUAGUAGCGCGUACGUUGGAAAUGACGGUGGUGACUUUCAGGGCAGUGGGCCUACUGGUGUUGGGCGGAAUGGCAGUGUUUACAAUAACAACAAUUAUGUUGAGAAUGAUGCUAUUGACGGUGGGAAUCCCCUUGAGGGUCAGUACCCUGCCGAAGAUUAUCAAUACAACAACAAUUACCAGGGUGGAUAUCCUCCUGGUGGCUAUGUUCCUCAGGGUGGAUAUCCGGCAAACUAUGGUUACCCUCCUCAAGCUGGCUACUAG